UGGUGUUAGGUGUGUGGGCGGGGCUGAGAACAAUAUGUCAGCGGCCUUGCUGCGGCGGGGCCUGGAGCUGCUGGGGGCGCCCGAGGCCCCCCAGGCCGCGCCAGGCCAGGCCAAGCAGAGCGGGGCUCCAGGAAAGCGGGCCCGGAAGGCGAAGGCGACCCAGACCGGGAAACUGCGGAACUCGGCGAAGGGAAAAGUGCCCAAGUCGGCGCUCGCUGAGUUCCAGAAGCGAGAGAGCCGGGGCUACCUUGGAGUGAACCUAAAGUUUAUGACCAGUGCAAGAAACGCCGUACCCGAGUCCAUCACCCAGCAGAUUGUGCGCCAGAACCGGGGCCGCAAGGCCUGUGAUCGGCCUCUGACCAAGAAGAAGAAGAAGAAGAAGGCCGAGGGCACCGUGUUCACUGAGGAAGACUUCCAGAAGUUCCAGCAGGAAUACUUCGGCAGCUAGGCUCCCGAAGAGCAGAGUGGGAAAGCACUCAGGACCAGCUUCCUCCUCUGACCUCACGGCCACUGGUGGCCCCAGGACCCUGCCAUGCACAGCGGGGCCUUGGAACUGAAGCUAGGGGCAGGCUGGAGUGGAGCUGGUGAGAUGGAAGCCUGAGGGAGGAUUUAAACUCAGGGGGAAGCUGAAACCCGCAAGCUUGGGAGGACCUGUUCACCUGCCAAAAGGGAACAUUUCUGACUGUUUUGUUUGCUUUGGCCCAAGUAGGCCCUCUUGGCUGUUUGCCAUGGAGAGGCCAGUUACUAGGCCCUCGGGGGCCACAUCUCUACGAGGAGGAGGAGGGCUGCUGGGUAUACUUCCUGGUUUUAAUAAAUGUGGGC